AAUUACAAGUGAAGGGAUCGGUGAAAAGUUCAUUUUCCCCCGCAAAGAAAGGGAAAUACAUCAAGUCUCUCAGCGACUUUUUAGUGUUACUUUUUGUUAUUUGACUCAAAUUCCAGCAUCAAAUGGAGUCGGGAAAAGACAGUGCACUGCAACAGGUGGACCUAAACAAUGUCACUGAGGAUUCAGUAUCAUCUGAAAUGGAUUUGGAGAGUGCACUUAAGGAAUGCUCCACAGCCCUUGAACUUUUUCUGAACAACAGGUUUUCUGAUGCUCUGACUCUUUUAAAACCCUGGAAGAGUCAGAGCAUGUACCAUGCAAUGGGCUACAGCAGCAUCCUGGUGAUGCAGGCAGGCAUGACUUUUGAACCAAAGGACAUGGAUGCUGCCAUGGCGUCACUGAGGGAGUCCCUACAGACAUGCCAAAGAUUUCGGAAGAAAACUGGAAUAGUGGAGACUUUAACCAGCCUGUGGUACAGACAACCAUCUGACAACUUGACAGAAGAGGAGAUGCACGCAGAGCUGUGCUAUGCUGAAGUUCUGCUGCAGAAAGCAGCGCUCACAUUCCUGGACGAGAGCAUCAUCGGCUUCAUCAAAGGAGGAAUGAAAAUCCGAAACAGUUAUCAGAUUUACAAGGAUUGCCAAGCCUUUGCCAGUGUCACAAAAGACUUGGAAAAACAGAAGAGCACACACAUUCAUUUCAGAGGUGGUGUCAGCAUGGGCAUUGGAUCAUUUAAUCUGAUUCUGUCACUGCUCCCAUCCCGAGUCCUCAGACUGAUGGAGUUUUUGGGCUUCUCAGGAGACAGGGAAAUGGGGCUGUCAGAGUUGAGAGAGGGCGCAGCCAGCAACAGCUUGCGCUCGAUCCUCAGCACCCUGACUCUGCUGAUGUUUCAUCUCUACAUUUCAGUCAUUCUAGGUACUGGUGAACCAAAUCUUUCUGAGUCUGAGGCUCUGCUGGAGCCCUACAUCGAAAAGUUCCCGAAUGGAGCCCUCAUUCUUUUUUACAUUGCAAGAAUUGCUUUGCUCAAAGGAAACUUCACAUUUGCCGAGGAGAAGUUCCUGGCAUGCAUCGCAGCACAGCAGGAGUGGCGUCAGAUUCACCACCUGUGUUACUGGGAGCUGAUGUGGGCGUACUCCUUUGAACAAAAUUGGAAGGAGGCGUAUCGAUACGCUGACCUGCUCUGUAAAGAGAGCAAGUGGUCCCAGGCCACCUAUACAUUCCAGAAAGCCGCCAUCUUGAGCAUGCUACCAGAGGAAGAAGUCACUGGAAUGAAAGAGAAUGUGGUGGAGAUAUUCAGGCAGGUGGAGGGUCUCAGACUGAGGAUUGCUGGGAAGUCGAUUCCCACAGAGAAGUUUGCAGCACACAAGGCAGAGCGAUACUCUUCUUCUAACCCUGUGAAACUAGUCGUGCCUGCUUUGGAAAUGAUGUACGUGUGGAAUGGUUUCACAGUAGUUGGCAAAAGACCUGAGCUGACUAAAAGCAUUUUGACCACUUUGGAAAAAGCAGAGGAGGAGCUCAGAGAUGAUCCAAACCCAUCGGAGUAUCACAUGGAUGACGUGUGUGUUAUCCAGCUGCUGAAGGGCCUGUGUUUAAGACAUAUGGGGCAUCUGAUCCAGGCUGAGCUCUGCUUCAAUCAUGUCAUCGCCAGUGAAAGUGACAUCAAGCACGACAGCUACCUGGUGCCAUUUACCAUGUAUGAGCUGGGCCUGUUGCACAAGCAGAAAGGUGACUUCAACACAGCCAUCACUGUGAUUGAAAAUGCCAAGACGAACUACAAAAACUACCACAUGGAGUCGAGGCUACACUUCCGCAUCCAUGCAGCACUCAACACCAUGGGCUCUUUUUUAGCCAAACUCCCCCCGUCACGCACGCCGGCUUAAAAGACUCCAUGACAAGAAAUUAAAUAAAAAGAGUGAAACGUGACACAAAGUCUCUCAACCAUGUGCUUAAAAUCCUCCACAUGGUGAUUAUGGUACUGUAUACAUCCAAACUUACAACCCUGUGCAUUCUUUUGAAAUUCACUGAAUUGACUUUCAAUUGGCUUGAAUAUUAUUUGGUUUCUACUGAAUUACACUACAACCAGGGCGGUAAACCCCAGGAGAACUAAACGUUGUGGAUGGGACACAAAUUAAAAUGCACGGGUGAAAAGGGAAAACACCUUUUGCUCUUUGAUGUUUCCAGAUGUGUAAUAUCCAGAGACUAUUUCACUUGUCUUGCUUGUUUUGUCAUGAGAUUAAAUGUGUCAGUAUAUUGACAUUGUUUUUAUUUAUGAAUAUACAGUAUGCCCUGGUACAGUGUUGCCAUGUUUUACAGUUAGCGAUCCUAUUGUAAAUAACUUUUUGUGUGCAGUAUGUAUCCGUCUGCUUUGAUAAAUUAUAUCAGUCAUAA